AUGUCGUGGCGGCUCAAGGGCUCCCGCCCGGCGUUGCCGGGCGGCGGGCGCGGGCAGCUGUUCGUGUGCAACCACCGGACGCUGAUCGACCCGGUGUACGUGUCGGUGGCGCUGGACCGGCAGGUGCGCGCCGUGUCCUACAGCCUGAGCCGGCUGUCGGAGCUCAUCUCGCCCAUCGGCCGCACCGUGCGCCUCACGCGGGACCGGGACAGCGACGGCGCCGUCAUGGCGCGCCUCCUCGACCGCGGCAACCUCGUGGUCGUCUGCCCCGAGGGCACCACCUGCCGGGAGCCAUACCUGCUCCGGUUCAGCCCGCUGUUAGCCGAGCUCAGCGACGAUGUCGUCCCCGUCGGCAUCGCCGUCGAGACGUCCAUGUUCUACGCCACCACCGCCGGCGGGCUCAAGUGCUUCGACCCGCUCUACUACAUGGUGAACCCCAGGAUGUGCUCGCCGGCAACGACGGCAUCGUCCGAUCAACCAGCGACAAGUCGGCAUCGGCGGCCCCUCCGGGUGCCGCCACCGCCGCCGACACGGGGAGGAAGAACAAGAGUACAUAGAAGAACAACUGAUAAGUCAAACUUAUCGUUGAUUGAUUAG